UCUUGCACUUGGUGUCAUAGUCAAUGACCUUCAUGCCCCAGUCGGUGCUGUAGAGGGCGUGACAUUCAUUUGCAUUCCAGUCCAGGUUGCCGCCGCCGGACGAGGAGCAGUCCGUCUUGCCGUACUUCUUGACUCUCAUAUCGUAGGCCGCGACGGCGGGGGCGAAGAUGGCGCAGGCCGUGGUGGCUGCGGUGAGGAUGUUAGUGAUGAGCAUCUUGGAACUUGGUUGUUGAAAGAUGAUGGUGAGUUGAGUUUGGGGCUUUGACUGUUGAUCUGAAGAAGCUUGUUGUGAGUUGGUGAGAGAGAGAUUGUGAAAUGAAGGAAAGAGGACGUGUUUAUAUAUCCCAGAGGCUUGUAAGACUAGACCCUUGUUAUGCGUACUUCACCCUUCGUCUCGUAUGGAAACGUGAGCCUGUGGAUACUUCAAAAGUUCAUGAUAGCUGGAUCAAAAGUUCCUCACUGUCACUUCUCGUACAUACUCAGCCCUUUCCAGCCCUGCCUAAGCCCUGCCUACAUUGUCUCUCCCCCUUCCUCGCCGAGAAAGGGAAUUGACAACUCGAACUCGUUAGGUAACAGCAUCCCCAAGGCAUCGUCAAGCGAAACGGCUCAGCAGAGACAUUGUAAGCGCCAAGAAGCACUGCAGCUCCAGUUCAUGACAUUCUCCAAUUCGAGGUUCCAAUUUAUUCCUUGGCAAUGUGAGACGACGAGAGACACCUGCUUCCUGCCUUGCCGAGGUUGUCUCUAAAGAAGAUGGAGUUGACACAAUUGGUCUAGAAGUG